GCUCAAUCCUUGUCUGCAAAAAUGGCAGAAGCACUUGUUUCCGCAAUCUUACAGCAGAUAACAACAAUCAUCUGUGAAGGAGCUCUAGAGGAAGUGAGACUACUGAGGGGUGUUAAGGGAGAUCUGAGAAACCUCAAAAACAACCUUACAUCUAUCAGAGCUUUGCUUAAAGAUGCUGAGGAAAAGCAAAUAUCAGAGGAACCUGUCAAGGUAUGGCUAGAUCGGCUCAGAGAAGAAUCUCUUAACAUGGGGGAUGCUUUGGAUGAGUGGAGGACCGUACUCCUGUAUCGGCGAACUGAUGGAGCUGAGGAAAGUGCUUCUUUUCUUCAGAGGACGGUAUGUGUUUUCCUCAGAUGUUUUUCUUUUCAUCCUAUUAGAUACCGUGGCAUUGCUCGCAACAUAAAGAAAAUCAAUGGAAGGUUAGAUAAGAUUGCUGAGGAUAAAGAUAGGUAUCGGUUAACAAGCACUGCAAUGAUCAGUAGACUAACAAGACAAAGAGAAAGCAAAUCUUUUAUUGAUGAGUCAAGCUUGCUUGGUCGAGAUGAUGUCAAGAAUGAAAUAAUCAGCCAUUUGUUGUGUGAGCCUAGCGAAGAAGAAGAGGGUAGCCCAAUCCAAACCAUCUCUAUAGUAGGGAUAGGAGGUCUUGGUAAGACUGCUGUCGCCCAACUGGUCUACAAUGAUGAAAAUGUUAAACAACAUUUCAGUUGUGUCUGGACACAUGUUUCUGAAAAUUUUGAUGAGAGAAAAAUCGCAAAAGAUAUCAUUGUAGGGCUUCAAGGCCGAGAAAAACAAGCAACCCUCCAGUCGUUGGAGUCAUUUUCAUUAGAUGCUGUUUUAGAUAAUGUUCACAAAUCCAUAGAGGGAAAGAAGUACCUUCUUGUUCUUGAUGAUGUAUGGACAGAAAAUGAUAAAGAUUUUGAAGGACUGAAUGCUACUUUCAAAUGUGGUGCUCCGGGUAGUAGGAUACUGGUGACUACACGUAAGAGUACUGUUGCAAGAAUUAUGGGAAGUUCACACACCUUUCAGUUAAAUACCUUGAGCCCAGAGAUAUGUUGGUCUAUCAUUAGGAAUAUAGCACUAAGAGAAAAGGACCAAAGGACUUGUGAGGAGUUCAAGCCUGUUGGAUUCAAAAUUGCAGAAAAGUGCAGUGGUUUGCCGCUUGUUGCAAAGACUGUGGGAGGCCUUUUGCGGUUUAAAACUAGCAUACAAGGGUGGGAGAAUGUUUUGAAUAGUGAGUUGUGGAGAAUGGAAAUGGUACAUAAAGAAGUUUUUGUUCCUUUGUUGUUGAGUUAUUAUGAUCUGCCCUCACCAGUAAGACAGUGUUUUACAUAUUUUGCUUUCUAUGCUAAACGCACGAGUCUCAGUGUUUGUCAUAUGAUUUCAGUCUGGAUGGCACAAGGUUGCUUAGGCCUUGAUGAUGAUAAUUCGCUAUUGGAACAAAAAGGCGUUGAGUACUUCCAGGGAGAGUGUAUUAGCUUGGAGGUCCCCGAAGGUAAUAGAAGUUUAACAAUGAACCGAGAAAGAACUCCUCGACAUUUGACAGUGAGGGUGAAAAAGGGUUUCCAUUUUCCUGAAUUCAUUCCUGAUGCAGAAAAAUUGCGAAGUGUUGUGAGUCAUGGUAGUGAUGAUCAUGCUCCCAUCAGUGAAAGAGCCAUGCGUAAUUUGUUUAAUCAAGCUAGACGCUUAAGGGUGGUUGAUAUGGGGUGGGGAUAUCAUGGUUCAGCUAUUCCAGAAGAAAUAAGAAACUUGUUGCAUUUGAGAUUCCUUAACUUGAGUGCGUGCAGAAACCUUAAAAGCUUGCCAAAAGCACUCUUCAGAUUACACAAUUUGGAACAUUUGAAUUUGUGGGCCUGUACUAAUCUUGACAGAUUGCCUGAUGAGAUAGGAAAUUUAGUCAACUUGAAGCUUCUUCGUACCACAGGCUGCCUUCAAUUAGCUUGCUAUCCAAAGGGAGUUGUGAGAUUAACUGGACUCACACAAUUAUUGGGGCUCAUUGCGAGAGUUGAUCGUGACGAUCCUGGGGAGUUUAGCAUUGGAGAUCUAGCAAAGUUGAAUAGUCUUCUCGUGCUUUCUAUGAAAAUAGUGGGAAAUACAAUCAAUCGGAAGCUGAACAUGUCAUACUUGAAUCCUUAAACAUGUCCUCUGUACCAAGG